UUUCGAAAGACUUCUAAACAAAAAACUGGAAAAAGUAUUUCACCAUAAGCACCAUUUUCAAUAUCAUUUGAUGACCCACACUGGAGAGAAACCAUUCAAGUGUGAAUCAUCAGAAAUUUGGGCAAUUUGAAGCAGCAUCAACGUCACAGACAUAAAAUGUGAUCAGCUAUAGACAUUUCGAGGAACUGAUGACUCCCCAGUAUGUGUCCCUGAGAGUAUGGAAAGUAUAAGUACAGUACUUGGCAAAUACAUAGGCUCCACACAUUCAAGCAGUUUAACAUCAGAUAUAGAUAUUUCAAGACACUGGUUAUCUUCACUUUCCUAAAGAGAAACAGGCUCGGGAAUUAGCAUACCUGACAGUAAUAACACUGUUGAUGUUGAAUGUGGAUGAUACAUACUGGAGAGAAAAUCUUACAAAUCAGAAUUAUUUCAGAAGGAUUUUACUUUCGGAAUAUGCAGUACCAAACUAUACAAGGAUACAAAGCCACAAAUAAAACCAGCAAUUCAUCAACAAAUUAUGUGUGUCAUAUUUGCAAUAAACAGAACAGUCAUAAAUACAACUACUUAUAUCACAUGAGGACCCAUACUGGAGAAAAACCAUAUAAAUGUGAUUUGUGUUUGAAAGGAUUUAGACAAUUAACAGAUCUGAAAAGACACAAAAGGACACACACAAAGUUUGAUAGCCCAACUGUUUGAAAACUACAUCACCAUAGACUUUCGUUUGUUAUUAUGACUAUAAACAGGUACUUUCUGUAAAAGCUUGAACAAGUGAAAGGCAUGGCACAAUAAUUCUUUA